UAGCUAGCGAUGUAAACAAUUUGUUACGUUUUAAGUAUGUAUGUAGUUUUGUUCGAAUGGUUCCACGUUAUAUAAGAUAGCGCCCAUUCAGUGUACUAACUACUUUUAGCUAACUACUUUUAGCUUGUUCUCUUUAUUUUAUGGCCUGAAGUUAAGUAGUGUUGGUCCUGCACUUGGCUAGCAUAGCAAGGUAGCUUGCUUCCUGCCUUGGAAACAGACAGACUGUGAGAUCUAGAGAGAGAGAGAGAUCUGCGUUCAGAGAGAGGACAGCGGAGCGAUGCCACCUGUUUCACAAGUAGACCUGGAGAUGGGGAAGGAGGGGAAACUGAACCAGGCAGAUUGCUUGUGUCCCGUCUGCCUGGAGAUCUUCCUGGAGCCGGUCACCCUGCCAUGCACCCAUACAUUCUGUAAACCCUGCUUCCUGGAGACGGUGGACAAGGCCAAUAUAUGCUGUCCUCUCUGCCGAAAGCGUGUCUCUACUUGGGCUAGACUUAACGGCAGGAACAAGACGUUAGUGAACGCAGAGCUGUGGAGGCGUAUACAGGACACUUUCCCUACACAGUGUCAGCGUCGAUUAAAUGGAGUCGAUGACGACGAGGAUAUGAACAUGUUUAUACCCAAACCCAAGGUCAGUCAGCCAGGUGAGGUCAGGCGAGAAUAUGAGGAGGAGAUUAACAAGUUUGUAGAAGAGAAGCGAGCUCUGGAGGAGGCAGAGAGGAGGGCCAGUGAGGAGUACAUCCAGCGCCUCCUGGCUGAGGAAGAGGAGCGAGUGGAAGAGGAGAGGAGGAGGCAGGAAGAGAGACAGCUGGAGGAUGACGAGAGACUGGCGAGAUUGCUCAGUGAAGAAUUGAACUCAAGUCCAGUUUUGGAAACUCGGAGGAACACUAAAGUUAAUGAUGCUGCCAAGAAAAAGAAAUCCAACAUGGGACACAUUGAGAAAUAUCUUUGCCAAGUGCCUUACACCCAGCCACACUGUGAGACCAAACAACCCUCCACUCUUUUGGACAAUAAGGAAAACACGCCAACCUCUAUAGAUCCCUCCCACACUGAACUGUAUUCCUUGGACUCCAGUAGUAAUCCUUCUACAUCAAGCUCAGACCCAGACACUAAGUCUUGUAAAGAACUCUUCGACACAUCAUACAGAACCAACGUCUAUUCUAAGAGGAAGAGUGUAGAUAGUGAAGAGCCUGAACCUGACAUCUGUAAGAAGCCCUGUAACUCCCCACCUCCUGCGUCGCCGCCACAUGGUUAUGUUUUCCUGCAGGAGCUGGCUGAGCAGGAGGAGGUUUUGAGGAGCCGGAUGAUGCAGGAGGAGGAGGACAGAAGGCUGGCGCUGCGCCUGCAGAGGGAACUGAACCGAGAGAGCACUGUGGACCGCAGAAAAGGCUCUGCUGAUGGGUAUUUACUGAGAGAGAAAAGCAGCCCUUCGUCCAGCAGCAGUACGAGCCCAGGCGAGGAGAACAGGACAGGGAAAGACAGUAUUCCACAUUCCUCAAGCCAGAAGGUGGAUGGACAUAAAGCUGGGAAGAGAGCCAGCAGCCAAGUUGAAUGCAAAACUAUUAGGAAAAGCUCCACACAAGUGUCUCCUCCUUCAGCCUCGUCAGUGCAGAAGAGCAGAAAGCAGACCACCCUUACUCAAAUGUUCCCCAGCCUGGGCAGCUGAGUCAGCUCUCUGAACAUCUCAAUCAAUUCUUAAUUGCCCUUUCUUUCCAUAUUAUUACAUUUAGAGAUACCUCCUUCCAUAUUUAGCCUUUCUUGCUCAGUGACUGCUGAUUUUGGAAGAAAAGGCUGUUUCACUGUUUUUGCGAAACCUUAAUCUUCAGUUCUGAAAUUUCACAUGUUAAGUGCUCAAACUGUUAAUUGUAGAAAAAAAAGAUGAUAUUUUUAUGCAUGGUUCUACCUUUUCUUUUGUUUUUUUCCAGAGUUAUUCAUUUUGAAAGAAUAAAAUAGUUGUUAAAAGCUUUGGUUUAUAUUGUCAGGUUUUGUGCCAUGCUUAUGGACAGGAAAGCAAAAAUUGCUUACAGUCGAACUUCUCAAACCUUACUAUUUUCGAUACUCAUCUGGCACGGACUCCAGUAAGUAACAAAGCCUUCUCUUUUCAAGCUUGUACAAGAUGACAUUUAUGGCAUUAAAAUACUUCAGUAGAUCAAAUAUAAUUAAUAUAGAAAGUACACAACAAAGGCUUUAGACCCAUCUUUGCAUCUGUUCCUUGAUUUGGGUCUUUGUUGCAUUUAUCAAAACACAAAUGGAUUAUAUAGAUGAACGUUAUCAGGAUUACUGAACAGACACAUAUUUUGAAAUGACUUUCCAACAGCCCGCUAGAUUCUUGGAGAGCAUUGUUAAUAUGGGAAAUGUUUUGCUGAUGUGAGCCUGGCCAUAUUUCCAUUCAAACAAAAUGCCUUAUUUUGACAAACUACACUGCAUGACGUCCUGUUUCGCUCAUGACUAAUGGAAUCAUAUUUCAGUAAGUCAUUGCAUAACUGGGACAUGUAUACCGAUCCGUACAGGAUUUUGCUGAGGUUUUUUUGUGAUUGUGAAUUUUCCAAUUUUUUUUUUUCCGGAAAACUACUUGAAUUGGCAAAAUUGUAAUUGCACAAAAUUGUUUUGCAUGGUCUUCCACAGUGAUGUUGGUAAAUGAGAUCUUUUUAACUGUACUCAUGUUGGAUGCAUGUAAAUGGAUGACACCACAUGACGUGUCUUGGCCAAAAUCUGCAGUGAUUUCUGAAAAAUUGCAAAUUCCUCUGAAUGUUGUAGAGUUCGCUUGACUUUUGCAUUCAUUUCUACAAUUGUGAAAUCCUGGAGGGACUGAUAUACAUGCCUCAUAUGAAACCGUUCUCACUGGUGGCAUAUUGUACAGCGUA